AUAAUUCAAUUCUUCAUCUCUCGCAAACCCUAAUCUUGCUGCAAAAGUUUCUUGAAUUCUUCCUCUCUCAAUUUUUGCGUUUGAUCUUUUGUUACUUACUUUUCUUUCGUUUUAAAGAUGUUGAUGCAAAUCUACGCAAAGACUCUAACAGAAAAGACCAUAACCCUUGAUGUUGAAAGCUCCGACACCAUCAAUAAUGUCAAGGCAAAGAUCCAGGACAUAGAAGGGAUUCCACUAGACCAGCAAAGGCUCAUCUUUUCCGGUAAACUGCUAGAUGAUGGCCGUACUUUGGCUGAUUACAGUAUCCAAAAGGAGUCAAUACUCCACUUGGCUCUCAGGUUGAGAGGUGGUAUGCAGAUAUUCGUCAAGACGCUUACCGGUAAAACCAUUACCCUAGAAGUUGAGAGUUCAGACACCAUUGACAAUGUUAAAGCUAAGAUCCAAGACAAGGAAGGAAUCCCUCCGGAUCAACAGAGACUAAUCUUCGCUGGUAAACAGCUCGAGGAUGGUCGAACACUUGCAGAUUACAACAUCCAAAAAGAAUCCACUCUCCAUCUCGUGCUUCGUCUGAGAGGUGGUAUGCAGAUUUUCGUCAAGACCCUUACCGGCAAAACCAUAACUUUGGAAGUUGAGAGCUCAGACACAAUCGAUAACGUGAAGGCCAAGAUACAAGACAAAGAAGGGAUCCCACCAGACCAACAGAGACUCAUCUUUGCAGGCAAGCAGCUCGAAGAUGGUCGCACUCUUGCUGAUUACAACAUUCAAAAGGAGUCAACACUUCACCUUGUGCUGCGUCUUCGUGGUGGGAUGCAGAUUUUUGUCAAGACUCUUACCGGAAAAACCAUAACUUUGGAAGUUGAGAGCUCAGACACAAUCGAUAACGUAAAGGCCAAGAUUCAGGACAAAGAAGGGAUCCCACCAGACCAACAGAGACUCAUCUUUGCAGGCAAGCAACUCGAAGAUGGUCGGACUCUUGCUGAUUACAACAUCCAGAAGGAGUCGACCCUCCAUCUCGUGCUGAGACUCCGUGGUGGGAUGCAGAUUUUUGUCAAGACUCUCACCGGAAAGACUAUAACUUUGGAAGUUGAGAGCUCGGACACAAUCGAUAACGUGAAGGCCAAGAUACAAGACAAGGAAGGGAUCCCACCAGACCAACAGAGACUUAUCUUUGCAGGCAAGCAGCUUGAGGAUGGUCGCACUCUUGCAGAUUACAACAUCCAAAAGGAGUCAACACUUCACCUUGUGCUGCGUCUUCGUGGUGGGAUGCAGAUAUUUGUCAAGACUUUGACGGGAAAGACCAUCACGCUUGAAGUGGAAAGCUCUGAUACCAUUGACAAUGUGAAGGCAAAGAUUCAGGACAAAGAAGGGAUCCCACCAGACCAGCAGAGGCUCAUCUUUGCCGGGAAGCAGCUUGAAGAUGGUCGCACUUUAGCAGAUUACAACAUCCAGAAAGAGUCAACUCUUCACCUUGUUCUCCGUCUUCGCGGUGGAAACUUCUGAACAAGAAGUAUGGCAGUGCUUUGGUUUUCAUUUUCUUUUCUUGUUAUGUUUUAACUUUUGAGUUUUGAUAUGGGUCUUAAAUGGAUUCAACUUCAGAGUCUUUUCAAUAAUAUAAAUUCAAGUGCUUU